GCAACAACUCUCUGUCUAUCAUCAAUUGAGUCGCAAUUCCGCUGUUAACUCGACAUAUACCAGUGGUUGCUACUGAAUAACGCUCUUACCGUUUGAUCCGCCAAGAUGGGUGUCCCAUUUGAGGCUUUGAUUCCUUACGGCAUCAUCAUUGGCAUGUACUGCGUCACUGGUGUUGGUCUCAGCCUUACGAAAUAUUAUGCGAACGAUCACAAGAAGGCAAGAUGGAACAGAGAUGUGUGGGAUAAGCAAAUGAUGGAGCGAGAUUUCCGGAUAACAGGUACACUAAGAGGCCAAUCUACCAACCCCGAAGCUCCCACAGGCUUCGAAGUCAGCAACCCAUGGAAGCUCGAAAAGAGACAAUACUAGAUGCGAGGGGCUAUUUUUGUUGUGUUGUGUUUCCACAUUUUCGUUUACGACUCAUAUUUCAAUCUACCUUUAGACUGUGGCUUCAGCUCCCUUUUGUACAUUUACUCUGACUCCUAGCAACGGCUGCAACUAAAACGAUGUCUUUCUGAAGAGAACAGAAAUGGUCUACCGCUGGCAAUAUCUGCGUUUCGAUUGAGAGCAACUAGGGCGAAGCCUACGAAGUAGGUUCACACCGUUUGACGUGACUGGGAAUUACGCGGUCAUUGUUGCUCUGAUCCUCCACUGUAUACUCUGCUGAUAGCAUAUGGUUCUGUGGUUU